AUGUUGUACAUUUAUUUCCUUUCUACUGGAAAGGAUGAUGUUUACUGUCUUACAGUCUUUUGUGAGGAUAUCGAGAACUUAGGAGGGUUUCACCUUGCAGAGGCCCGCCUUUUCAAUCUCACAUUGCUCUUAAGGGCUCAGCCAAUAGUGUACAUGUUGGGAGUUAGCUCUAAUGUCCGGUCUGGAAUCUGCCGUAACACUUGCUUUGACCGUUCUCAUGAGUUCACAAGCAAUUCUCAUUGUCCGGUCGAAAAGGGCUGGAAAGUACGAGUACAAUGUAAGGGCGCAACUUUUUUGGUAGAAGCUUUGAAAUAUGCGCUAUCAUUCGAAGCAUUGGCAAGAAUCUGGAGGAACAAAGGGGUUGAGUACAACAGUACAACAAUAGAUGAAGUUAAGGUUUACCCCGUUCCUGCAGCUCUUUAUUUCAUCAAGAAUUUAUGUCAUAUAGGAUUUUUAUUCCCGUUGAGCGAGAUCCAAUGGGCAGCUUUCAUUUUGUUGUGUGCAGGAUGCACCACAGCACAAUUAAACACUAAUGGUAUUGCAGUAUCAAUGGUCAUGAAAUAUGCUGACAACAUUGUGAAGGGGCAGCCAUAUGAUAUUAAUGCAGACAUGGCAGCUGGCAAGCUUGCAGUGGCUUUGUGUGCGGAGAAGUUGAUUCUGGAAUACUGGAGGACCGUGAUGAUCCCGAGAGCUUGUUGA